CCACAGAUAUAUGACUCUAACUGCAGAAAUCCUAAGACUAGAAGAAAACGUCGGACCGCCACCAGCUCACGCCAUCCCGCCUCGACCCCUCCCCCCCUCGCAAACGACAACGUUGUGCUGAAGGAUCACCAGUUGCAGGCCAGAACACGCCAGGAGAGGAAGGUCGUCAGCAAGCCGUAGUCAAGCAGCACCGUCGCGCCCCUCCUUGAUCAGCUCCUCGACCCCGCCGCCGUGCAUUUGCAUCUGCAAGAGGAGGAUCCCAGAAUCCUUUGGGGGUCGCGGGACGAGGAGGGGGGAUGGGGUUGGUUACUUGAAGGUUGGGGUGCCACCACUCUUCACUGACAAACGCUUUGCUUUUUUUCCCACCCUCCUCUCGUUCGUCAAAGGGGAAAAGGCUGCGAGGAAACGAUUACGAUGGAGCGUCGAGACGCAUCGCCAGCGCGGUCUGGUGACGACUGGGGGAAGCUCGCCGACGAAGAGGACGUCGACAUCGAUAACGGCCUCGCCCUCGAGACGGAGGCCUCGUCCCGCGAUCGUGAAGAGGCAUCGAAAUUCCUCCUGGCCUCCCACUCGGUCUACAACAACCACAAGGCCCGCCCAUCGCGCCGGUCGUUCACAACCUCCUACCCCGUCCUCGCCAUCAUCGUCCUCUCCUCUCUCCUCCUCGGCGCCCUCACAUCCACGGCCCUCACCGCCCUCGUCUCCCACAUCCGCAACACCUCCUCCUCGUCCAACCCUUCCACGGCCCACCGCAACGACAACACCCUCGCCUCCCCUUCCCACGACAACCAGACCGCCGCAACCUACCUCCUCCCGGCCCCCUGCGGCACUUCCCCCUCCCAGGCCCGCGCCGCCGGCUGCCUCUUCGACCUGGUGUCCUUCAACUGGCUGCCGCCCCAGUGCCACGACGCCGAGCUCGCCGCCUCCUUCGAGGCCGACCUGCGCUCGGCCGGCCACCUCGCGUGGUACGAGGACCCGCGGGGCGCCCGGCCCAUCCCGCGCGCCCGCGUCGCCACGGGCGAGGUCUCGGGCGUCUACGUCUCCCUCGGCUACCACCUCCGCCACUGCACCGCCAUGUGGCGGCGGAUGCACCGCGCGCUGAUGCAGGGGGGCGGCGGGCUGGGGCGCGUCGACGGGUACAUCUGGAGUUACCACCACACGCGGCACUGCGAGGAGAUGCUGCUGGAGGCCGCGUUUGAUAGCGGCAGCAGUGACGAUGGCGAUGGUGGUGGUGGUGGUAGUGAGAUGGCGGUGUACUCGACCGAGGUGAGGAUCAAGUAUCCGGACUGCGGUGUGGUUUUGGCGUCGUAGCCGGCUUUGAUGAACCG